AUGUCCGCCACUCCCCAAAAGACCCAAAACAGUGAAAAACAGAGGAGCAGCCUGGAAAUAGAGGAGAUUGGCGAUAAAGCUACGAACGGCGAAACAGCAAAGAAUAGUUCCGAAUCUCAGGUCAAGGGCAAUUCGACUGGGGCCGACUCUGAUCCAGGGAAUCUCAAGGAGCCAACGGCUCCUCCACUGCAAAUUCCGAGCAUCGAAUCCAUUACUGCCACUUCAUCCAACCCAACGCUUGUGGUGGAAGGCCAGCCCAGCCAAGCAGUGAUUGGAGGUGGCGAAGGUUUUCCCCAUAGCAACGGAGUCCCUUCCCCAUACUGCAGUUUGUGCAGCCAUGAGAUUGAUGCGCGGGAUGACUAUGGUGUUAUAGAGACUCGGGCUCAUCUACCCUAUACCUCGCGGAUCAGGACCACACCGGAUGUCCGCAUCCCGGCUGCUCGCCCUUGCGGCAUUCUUGCGGCCAUAUGGUGA